AGGAAGCCGGAAGCGGCAGCUGUCCGCAGCACCGACUAGGGGCGGAGAGGUGGAGGUCUGCGCCUCGGUGUUCGUGAACCCCGCGAUGGACCCGGACCGGACCGUCGCGCGGCGGAAGUCAUCGUUGCUGCUGCUGCGGUUGCUGCUGGUGGCGCUGCUGUGGUCGGGGCUGGCUCUGGGCACCUUCUCCUUGGGCAGCAGUCCCCACCGGGUCCUCCACGACCUCCUGUCGGAGGAGCAGUUGCUGAAGGUGGAGGACUUAUCCCUGGCUCUACUGCAGGGCGGAAGGAUGGGGCCACUGUCACUACCCCCAGACUUGCCGGAUCUGGAUCCCGAGUGCCGGGAGCUGCUGCUGGACUUCGCCAACAGCAGCGCAGAGCUGACUGGGUGUCUAGUGCGCGGCGCCCGGCCAGUGCGCCUCUGUCAGACCUGCUAUCCCCUCUUCCAACAGGUCGCCAGCAAGAUGGACAACAUCAGCCGAGCCGUGGGGAAUUCCUCAGAGAGUCAUAGUUGUGCCAGAAGUCUCUUAAUGGCAGAUAGAAUGCAGAUAGUUGUGAUUCUGUCUGAGUUCUUCAAUUCCACAUGGCAGAAGGCAAAUUGUGCAAAUUGUUUAACGAACAAAAGUGAAGAAUUAUCAAAUAGCACAGUAUACUUCCUGAAUCUGUUUAAUCACACCUUGACCUGCUUUGAGAAUAACCUUCAGGGGAGCGCACACAGUCUUCUUCAGUUAAGCAAUUAUUCGGAAGUAUGCAAAAACUGUCGUGACGCAUACAAAACUCUGAGUAGUCUGUACAGUGAAAUGCAAAAAAUGAAUGAACUUGAAAAUAAGGCUGAAUCUGGAACACACUUAUGCAUUGAUGUGGAAGAUGCAAUGAAUAUUACUCGAAAACUUUGGAGUCGAACUUUCAACUGUUCAGUCCCUUGCAGUGACACAGUGCCUGUAAUUGCUGUUUCUGUGUUCAUUCUCUUUCUACCUGUUGUCUUCUACCUUAGUAGUUUUCUUCACUCAGAGCAAAAGAAACGCAAACUCAUUCUACCCAAACGUCUCAAGUCCAGUACCAGCUUUGCAAACAUUCAAGAAAAUUCACACUGAAACCUACAGAAUGGAGAAUUGAUAUCAUAUCCCAUGGAUGAAUGGUGGAAGACACAGCUUGGUCCAAAAGAAGAUAAACCGUGAUUUGACAAGUCAAGUUCUUAAGAAAUGCAAGGACUUCAGAUUUAUUUUUAAAUAAGAAUUUUCAAUUUUUCUUUCCUGUUCCACCCCCUUUUUAAGGGUUUGGGUAUUUUUAAUUUACAGGCAUAGCAAUGUUGUCUAUUUUAAAGUGUAUUUGUUAUAAUAACAAAAGAUGCAAGAACAAUCUUGUUUUAUUUUGUAGGCAUAUUGUUACUAUUUGAGACUUCCAGUAUCUCCUUAGUUAACAUAGUAUCUCUAGUAGCAAAGUUUUUGAGAACUAACAUUUAAAAAUUCAUCAGUUAUAGCAAAGACUUUGAAAAAAAUUUACUUGCUGAAAAGUAGCAAGUCCAAAGAUUAAUUUAAGUUUCUCACCAUUGCAGUAUUAUUGUCACAUAUAUUUAAUAUGUCAUAUAUUACAA